AUGGCCCCUUCUCGCUACGUUGGCAUACUGGCGCUUGUCGCGGGAUGUCUUCUGCCUUCCAGUGUCCUGGCUCUCUGGCCCAUCCCAACUACACUCGAGACAGGGGCGACCGCACUCAAGGUCUCCCCUUUCUUCUACUUUGAUGUGCAGGUUGAAGGCGCGCCGGAGGAUUUGUACGAGGCGAUCGCGCAAGCACAAUACUAUCUUGCAAACGACAAAUUUGCACGUCUUGUCGUCGGUCGCGGCGCAAAUGACACAACCGCCCUUGUUGGCGCGCAGACACUUUCGACGUUGACGCUGUCUCUCACAAGUUCGGCUACUGCAGAGCCUAUUGCUUCUGAAGCUGUGAAGCCCCUGGGCACCCGUAGCGAAGAGUACGCGUUGACAAUCCCAGCAGACGGCUCGGCUGCUACUUUGACGGCGAACUCGACGUUGGGUCUGUACAGAGGGCUCACCACCUUCAACCAGCUUUUCUACUAUUACGCUGAAGUAACCUACACUUUGAUUGCCCCAAUUGCUAUUACGGACACUCCUGCAUAUCCUUUCCGAGGAUUAGCGCUGGAUACCGCGAGGAACUACUACCCCGUCAUCGACAUUCUGCGAACUUUGGACGCAAUGAGCUGGGUCAAGAUCAACACCUUCCACUGGCAUAUCACAGACGCUCAGAGUUUCCCGCUUGAAAUUGCGCAGUAUCCCGAGCUGGCUAUCAACGGUGCAUACUCCCCGCAAGAAGUUUACACCCCGAGUGAUGUCCAAUACAUCGUUCAGUAUGCUGCUGCAGUAUCCAUCUCUCAGAGAGGUAUCGACGUUCUGAUGCCCCCCGCCGGCCAGCUUCGUUUCGCGCUCCCCGAGGUCGUGAACUUCACUGCUUCAUUGCUUGCCGAUGUCGCAAAGGACCUGCCUUCGUCCUACUUCAGUACUGGGGGCGAUGAACUGAAUACGGAAUGUUACACCAACGACUAUCCCACGCAGCUACAGCUCAAUAGCACGGGCACGACAUUGAACGAUGCUCUGAACACGUUUACGGAGGUGACACAUGCUGCACUUAUUGCCGAGGGAAAGACGCCAGUCGUAUGGGAAGAGAUGGUCCUCGACUGGAACCUUACACUCUCCAAUGAGACUAUCGUGAUGAUUUGGAUUUCCUCCGCGGAUGCUGCAGCAGUGGUAGACAAAGGUUUCAGGAUCGUCCAAGCACCAUCUAAUUACUUUUACCUGGAUUGUGGUGCUGGUGGAUGGGUGGGAGGCGACCCAACUGGAAAUAGCUGGUGUGACCCCUUCAAGACCUGGUCUGAGGCAUACACCUUCGAUCCCUUGGCAAACUUGACAGAGGCACAGUACGAAUUCGUUCUUGGAGGCGAGCAACUUUUGUGGAGUGAGCAGUCAGGUCCCCAAAAUCUCGACCCUAUUGUGUGGCCCCGUGCUGCAUCUUCAGCAGAGAUUUUCUGGAGCGGUCAACAGCCCACAGGCGCCCCGUUGAACGUCACAGAGGCACUACCUCGCUUGCAAGACCUCCGCUACAGGAUGGUACAGCGCGGGCUCAAACCCAUCCAUCUCCAGCCUUAUUGGUGUGCGCUCAGGCCUGACGCAUGCGACCUGACGGCUUGAUAGUUGUAACUUCUUGCUAGCUCUAUUUGAUCUUCAUGAACAAU